UGACAGGGGGUUGGAACUGGAUGAACUUUAAGGUCCCUUCCAAACAGUCAGUGAUUCAGAAAAACAUCUCAGUGUUCCUCCUAUGUGGCAGCUCUUUGAAGGUAGGGGAAGGGCCAUCUCCUCUCCAGCUCUUGCUCCUGAAAUAUCUUCCCAAUGCAUUUUUCUUCAUUAUCUCUAACUUUUUAUGAUCCUCAAGAAGAAUCUUUUUCCUUCUCCGUGGGGGAAUUUAGUUACUUCCCCAGAGCCCUGUUAACUGAGUUGAACUGAUUGGGAGAUGCGUUGCUGUAGAGCUGUCAUGCCUUUACUUUGCAAAUAUUUGUGCUCUUUCCAAGUUUAAAAUGUGCUGAAUCCAUAAACAUGUAAGAAACUCCAUGUGCCUACUGCUUCCGUGAUUAACACUGCAGUGGUGACUUCAGAAGAGCUUCAAGUAUUCCUUUGAGUCUCCUCAGGCAAUCGCAGGAUUGAACCUUCACAUUUUGGUUCCAGGAGAACCUUUCAGCAGAUCUCAAGUAGCUGCUGUCACAGAUAGGCUUCCCACACGUUAUUCCCAAAACUGCUCCCAGAUUUAGCUUCCCCUCAGAAAUGGAAGCUCUAGGAAUGGAAGUAACGAGGUGCAGAGAAGUGAACUUUUCCAGGGGUGCCUGUUGGACAGAAGAGUCAACAUGAACGUGGGAACGGCGCACAGUGAGGUGAAUCCCAACACCCGGGUCAUGAACAGCCGGGGCAUCUGGUUGUCCUACAUCCUUGGAAUUGGGCUGCUGCACGUCGUGCUCCUGAGCAUCCCCUUCUUCAGCGUCCCUGUGGUUUGGACUCUUACCAACAUCAUUCACAACAUGAGCAUGUACAUCUUCCUACAUACCGUGAAAGGAACUCCUUUUGAGACUCCGGACCAGGGCAAGGCUCGGCUGCUCACACACUGGGAGCAGAUGGACUACGGAGUGCAGUUCACGGCAUCACGCAAGUUCCUCACCAUCAUGCCCAUCGUCCUGUAUUUUCUAACCAGCUUUUACACAAAGUACGACCGGAUCCACUUCGUCAUCAACACCAUCUCCCUCAUGAGCGUCCUGAUCCCCAAACUGCCGCAGUUCCACGGAGUCCGGAUCUUUGGGAUCAACAAGUACUGAGCUGCGUGGCCAGAGCGAAUGCAAGAGGAGCAGGGGGAGAGGGGGAUGUUCCUUCUCUCUAGUCCCAUUUCUCCUUCCCCACGCAGACUGGGAUGUCAUUUCACAGCGGCUGUUUAACUGCAGUAUCCGAUAGACAUACACCGCAUGCUGGAUCCUCACGCCCAAUAAACCUAAACCAGCUCCAGAGUAGAGUUUAGUGGGAGCAGGAUACAUGGCACUGGAUUCCUUUUAUUCCAGUGUCAUAACUAGAUGCAGACUUCAAGGUACAACAAGGAUGAAUUCUGGUGGGAUUUUAAUCUAUCCCAGACACUGAAUGAAGAGGGAUGAGGGGAAAAGCUUUUAGUGCUGGUACUAUUGCUGUGGUAAAUGCACUUUAAUACAUUUCCCUUUCUGAAGCUAAGUGCUUUAAGCGAUAUGUGGGGGAAAUUCAAAGGGAUACAGCCAAGCUUUCCCAAUAGCUGAUUGUUUUGGGGUUUGAGUUCCAUUUUAGGUCAGGAGAGUGGGAAGAGACUGGCAGAUUCUUACUUUGCAAUCUUUUACGCCACCGAGAAAGGAAGUUCUUUAGUAAACCAGUAGAGGAAGGAGUGACCUGCAACUUGAGCAACUUCCCCUUUUCUAUGGUACCAUUCGUGUGCUUCAAGGAAAAGCUCAAUAGAACCUACAUCACAUUUGUUAUUUUCAGCUUGUACCAAAAGCUGAUUAACAGCUCUCCAGCCCAAGCUGCUGAUUUUUAAGGGCACUGUGAGUGCUCAGGCAGUGCAGCACUUGGACCAAGGCUGGGUGCAGGUCAGUGAUGACUGACAGCAAAUGCCACUGAGCAGCUCGCACACAGCGACUGCACCAGUGUGGGAGAAGCUGCAGACUGACAGGUACAGGCCAAGCGAGAUGGAUGGAUGAUGCCUGCUUGCUGUAAUCAGUGACUGCAGCUGGAUUGUUUUCUCCUCAGUCCAGCUCUUGGUUGCUUAAGUCUGUGUCCAUGUUACUGGGAUCUGCCAGUUCUCCACUUAGCCAUGGACUUGACUCAAUUCCUGACUCGAGGCAAGUGAGUGUUCCAGUUCUGGCUUACCUGGAAGUCUGUCACUCAGCUCCAUGCACGAGUCCUCAUGUGGUCACUGGUGAGGGAGCUGCAGGAGAGCAAUACCGACCAGCACCAGCCUGACCUGGCCAACAGAAGGACACAAUGGGUCACUGGUAAUAAUUAUUUAGUACAGGAACAAAAAUCAAGCCUUUUUCCCAUUAAAUUCCCACCUAAAGGAUGCAGGUUGGCAGGUUUAGAUUUCCUGGCUGAGAGAACUUUCUACUGUUCAAAGUCAUUUUUUCUUUUGGGUUGUGUGUUGAUGAAACGUGUGAACCCUCAUGGUUCCCCUGUAAAAGCCUCUAUUUUGUUGUCUUAGAGCUUAUCUCACACUUUGGACAAUGGUAUAAACAUUUUAAAUAUGUCAUUUUUGUUCCUGCAUUAGCUUUAGAGGUCAGAGUGGACAUUGUUGAGUUGUUUGAUGGUCUGAGCGUAGGACAUGGGUGGGGGAACUUCAGGUUUGCAUCUAAGAUCUAGUACUACUCCAUGUGGAAUUUUAGGCAAGCUUCUUUACUUCUAGCUCAGACUUACUGCUGCAGAGAAGGGAAAAACAUUUCAUGUACCUCACAGAGGGCUGCUGGAAUGCAGAAAGAAUCAUUACCUAAUGUCUGAUAAGUGGAAAUAUUUUAAGUGAAAAGGGAGUUUGCAAGAAGGUGGGAAGAGGGAAGAGUCUGGCUGGAUACCCAAGUGCUGUUCUCCAGUUUGACACGUGCAAUUUACUGGAUGGGGAGGUUGAAGCUUUUAACCACCAUGACGUAAGAACUGCUGCUUUAGUUAAGGUACUAUAUACCCUAAAGCAAAUAUACUCUUUAAGCUACUAGACAAUGACUUUUGGGAAAAAAUACUGGUUUUAAUAUAGAGAUAUUUCAUCAAUCAGCCAAGUACCUUUGAAAUGCCUGAGAGAUCAACAGCAUCAAUGCCCUUGGAGGUGGGGUGUCUGUCCUCAGCUACAGCUGUGUCUGUAACACAGGCUGCAUGUUGCUUUAACGGAUCUCAAUGUCUGCCCACAGCCCAGGCUGGUAAAUCUCCAGAGAAAACAAAACUAUUUAUUUAUUUUGGUAGAAAACAAGGGGAAAACAACUUUUUUUUGCAACAGAAACAGUCUCUGUAUCCUUAAAACCAUUACUCCUGUAUAGAUGUAUGCUGAUUAUUUCUAAGUACAUGCACAUUACCCAAAGUCAAAGGAGUUUUGGUACUUUUAGCCUAAGUGUGAAUUGAAGGCAGAGCUCAGUUUUUCUCAGUGGAGUUCAGCACUUCAUGCAGUUUCCUUGAAGGCCUUGGCAUUACAGCAGCUGAGGGUCUGAAUGUGUCUCUUGUGCUGUUAACUGACACUAUGGACAUCUGAUCCUGUUUUGUUAAAUUAAAGAUCAACCCUAAACCAGGGUAGGAUUAGAAACUUCUCCAAAAGGCAGUUUUUAACACCUGAAGUUUAAAACUUCUUGUUAGGCAAAGCCUUAAUUCUGAUAGUAAGCUUUUCUGAUUUACUUUGUUCAUGUGAAGGAUGAAAAUAGCACAGAUGUGUUCCAUGGCAAAUGACAUUCUUUACAACACAUGCCAUGGAAUAACUGAAAUUAACUCAGACUCAUACAGUUAAUCCAAUCAAGGGAGACAUAAAUGAAAACUGGAGAAAUAGGGAAAGAAGUGAGAAUGGAAGAUUUUAUGGUAACAGUGGGGUGUGUGAAGUAUCUACGCAAGACUAAGAAUUAUUUGAGCAAUUAUACAGCUGAUAGUAUCUUCCUUAAAAUCCCAUCUUAAGGGUAGGUAUCAGAAUUAAUCAAGACUAGAAAGUGAAUUUUAAUUAAAACCACAGCCACAAUUGCUACUUGUUAGGGGUACCUGAAGUGAAAGAGUUUUGGGUGGUGCUGGCUGAGCACCCCCUGUGCCAGUUGCACGGCUCCUUCCUGUUGUGUCACAGGAGCGAGUGGUGCCCGACUUCAGCUUCCACUUGGAAACCCCCACUGUAGUGGCCUGGAAGUACCGGGGACAGUUCUGGGUCUCCUGGAACUGAAACCACUUGUAGUUUCUUUGUGUGUGUUAAAUUCAUGCAGAAGCCUGUUCAGCACUCAAAGGCUGCUCUUGCACACGCCCAAGAGUGGAGUCAAAACACUAAAACUCUCAAGGGAUAAGUGAUUCCUGAGAAAAGGAGAUCAGGACAGUGUGGGCAGGAGGAGGGAUUUCCAUACCUGCAGCCACUAGAGCAGUGAUCCCAGGGUGAAGCCCACCUUCUGCAUGGAGAACCAGAAGGUGAGCACCAGGACUGUCUGCUCAUUCUCAGACUGUAGAGUUUUCUCCAAGUACCUGUGUGAAGGAGACAACUGAUUGUUACUGGUUUUAAAUGGGAUUUUGAUCGUGACAUAUUUUCCUCUCAAACUUGUACCGGCUUCCUGCAGAGUGACCAGGGCAAACUUCAGCCAGAGAAUUAACAGGGGGCUCCAUCCUGUGCCUGAGAAACAGUUACUGGGUAAGCAGGUACUCCAGAUGCUUUUCUUUCUCAUUCUACCAGGAAUGCUGAAGGAGAAAAGCCUUUGGAAAGCACCACUUGAACCAUUCACAGGCACUGGCAGAAAAGGUCUCCCUGCCCCAUGUUGUCCUGGGCAAAGCCUCUUCUAAGCCACAGUGAAGGCCACGCAGGUAUUCACACAGGAUGGCAGUUGCUGCACCAGGGAAGUCAGAAAACAAUCGAGUACUCACAGCCUGAUGCUUCUGCAUUAGGGAUCCUGCCCUGCAAUGCCUUUAACACAGCUCACGGGAUGGCCCACAGCCCAACCCUUUCCAGGAAAAAGCCUUUAAAAAAUGAAACGAGAAAAGCAAAGCUGAGAUCUGGGGCUACUGAAUUCCCAAGUACUUUUUGUUUUUAAUCAUUAUUUCAUUUUUGUUUUAAUAGACAUGUGGUUCUGGCCCUUGCUAAAGGGCCAGCAGCUGCUUACCACUGUCAACACGUUAACAUUUCUCCUUGUGACUGACAUUGCUUUAUCAUUGCCUAUAAUCUCUUUUGAGCAUGCAAGUGUUUGUGUGUCUGUAGCCUCCCUGGAGCAGUUGGAGUUGAAGUAGUUGGGUUUUUAAUGGAACAUUCUGACACUGUACAAAGUCAUAGGGUUUUUUUUUUCCAGUAGCCCUUCUUUUUGCUGUGGAUACACUAGUCUCAUGUAGAGAACUUUCUAAAAUAAAGUGUGAAUAUUUUUAUUACUCCUUUGUACAGUAUUCUAAGAGAAACUAAUAAAGUAUUCCUGUAAAAA